AAGGCGCGAUUCGAGUCAAACGCGCUGCAUCGCGCGCGCAUUGCACGGCGCGCACAGUAAUUACUGCAAACGCAUCGUAGACAACGCGCGCGCAGCGCUUCGGCCGCAAAAGCCACCGCAAAGCGCCCACCACAAAGGCCAGCAAGGCUGCUGACCCGCAGCAGCAGGCGCGCGCAGCCAUGCAGCACCCCCUGCCACCGCAGCCGCCGGGACCAGAUAGAGUAGCGAUAUUAAAAUUCGACGACCGCAACCGUUAUGGUACGGACGGCGUGCCCGCCACUUUACUGUACGGCGGAGGCGUCAAAUACAUCGUGACCUGCAAGACGCCAACGAAGCUCAACCAGUGGGCCAAAGUUAAAUUAAGAGAGAAUGAUGACGACGUCAAGGGCGCACGGUAUGCGGAUCUCAUCGAAAUUUUAGGACCGGUCGGCGACCACGCUACGGAACUGUUAGCCUUUCAACUGCAUUUCCGCGUGAAGCCCUGCCGGUAUCCGGCACAGCCCUGGGCCUUGUCUGACCCAGAUGAUCGGAGGGACUGCCGCCACUUGCACUGCAUGUCCAUUGAUAAUGCCUCCACCAGAGAUGUAGAUGACGCCCUGUCAAUCCAUGAGGAGAAUGGGAGAACGGUCCUCGGCAUUCAUAUUGCGGACGUCGCUUGUCGGAUUCCGCCGGGAUCGCCCUUAGAUGUCUGGGCCCUGCAACGAGCCGCGUCGGCCUACAACUCGGGCGUUUACACCGACGAUGACCGCAUGGAGGGCGGCGCAAGUGUCCCCAUGCUCCCGCCCCAGUUGGCCCACGACGAGCUGUCGUUGAACCAGGACGUCGACCGUCAUAGUGUCACGCUCUGGCUCACUAUUGAGAAUGACGCGGUCGUAAGCGCGCGGCACGAACGAACACUAAUCAGAAACAGGGACAAGACGACCUACGACGCGAUGCGCGUUGCGUCAGAAGGCCCGCUCCGGCAACUGAGGGAGCUGCUUGAAAAACUAUCGCGGGAGGAGGACCCGGAAGACCUCGUCGCGUGGCGCCGCGGCGUCCGAGGUCGUCGCGUCGCGUCGAUGGCGUCGGGCGCCACACAUACGCCAUCGCCGCGCGCAGGUGGGCCAUGAUCAAAUACAACGCGCACAUGGGUACGGUACUGGCUUCCAAAAAACAGUGGCCCGGCGGCAUCCUGCGCGCGCAGCAGGAGCCGAAGACGGCCGCGUCGUAUGUCUCGGCGAUUGGGAGCGACGUGGGCCACGCGUCGCUGGAGCUGGAUUUCUACGCGCAUAGCUCGUCGCCGAUCCGACGCUUCGCGGACCUCAUAAACCAGCGGGCGAUUUUUGAUGAACCUCUACCAUCUCAUUGGGGCGAUUCCGCAUUAGCACAGUUGAACGAGCGGAACACCGAAUUAGCACGCUACCAUGCUUCUGUCGACGCCAUGGAACUUGCGUACUCUUGUAGGAACGCGCCGCGAGUCUACGAUGGUAGAAUAGAAACGGACGACGAGGGCCUAUGUCUCUUAGUCCACACUGAAAAAAGACGAGUGAGAAUACCUCUACAUGAUUCGUAUUUUGCUGAACCUAUAGUUGAAACGGUCAAGAACGCCUCAGAAGUGAAGGUCGAGCUCUUCGGCGUGCUCAUUGCGUCGCGAACGCGAUUGCGGGCGCGGUUGGUGGGCGUCGGCGAUACGCUACAAAGGGGCUUCUCCGACGAGGGGCGAAGCGCGUCGAUGCAGCGCGUGCCCUCUACCUCAUCUGCCCAGAAGCCCUUGCCAUCUUCUGCUGACGCCUAUAUCCAGGCGGCGGCCUUGGCCGCCGAGGACAACGCGCCCGAAAUCACGGGCGGAGCUUUGGAAGAGUCUUACGUGAAUGAAACGCUCGGUUAUCCGAUCGACGACUUCCAGAGAAGAAGCUUAGCUGUUAUCGUGAAGCAAGACAUUGAUUUGUUGGCCAUGGCUCCUACGGGAUCGGGGAAGACGGCCGUGGCACUCAUAGCGAUCCUCCAAGCCUUCAAGCGCGGUCUGCGGGCCGUGUAUACCUCGCCGAUCAAAGCCCUAUCAAAUCAGAAGUACGCCGAGUUCUGCGAGUGGUUCCGCAAGAAGGGUAUUGAUGCGCACGUGACGUUGCUGACGGGCGAUGUUAAGAUUCGCGCCCCGCCCGGGAGUGAGAAGGAGUUGAUCAUUUGCACGUCCGAGAUCCUCAGAAACAAGCUCGUGAAGGCGUCCGGCACGCAACCGGCGGCCGUGCACUUCGCCGCCGCGAAGGCCGCGGCCGAGGCGGGAGAUUCUGAGGCCGCGACGGCUCUCGCGGCGUUAAUCCGGGACGGCUUCACGGGAGACGGCGAUCCGGACCUAGAGCGCUUGGGCUGCGUCGUCUCCGACGAGAUCCAUUAUAUAAAUGACGUGGACCGGGGCGCGGUCUGGGAGGAGACGCUGAUGCACAUGCCGGCGUCGAUUCAGCUCGUGGCUCUCUCGGCGACGCUCAAGGACCCCGAGUCGUUCUUGCGGUGGAUCGAGCGGGCGCGAGGCCGGAAGGGCGAGCUCGUGAGGAGGUUGGAUCGGCACGUGCCGUUGCACGUGGGCGGGCUGGACCCGAAGACCGGCGCGUUCCUGGAGUUUUACGGGACCCACGAUAGUACAGAUCACAAAGCUGGCGUGUUUGACGGCGAGCAGUUCAACAAGCUCUUUUCCCUCAAAGUGUUGGAACGGAGUAAUGAAAAGAGUGACAAGGCCAAAGCACAGGCGGCCUCGGCUCGAAGCGAACGCGACGCGGAGCAUCAAGCUAGGCGCGACGCCUUCGCCGGUGGACGGGCGUCCACCUCUGGCCGAUCCUUGAAGACCUUCGGGCGAGGCGGCCGAGGUGGUUCCUCGCGACAGCAGUCGAAGCCGCUGAACUUCAGUAACGAGUGCCAAAAAUUGGCCAAGGCACUCGACGCCGCGGACAAGUGCCCGGCGAUCGUGUUCUGCAUGUCUCGCAAGCUUUGUUGCCAAGGCGCGCAUGCUUGCAAGAGUCUCAACUUGCUAUUAGGUACGAGGGGUCCUCCCCGACCCGGAGACGACGCCUCACCCUCGGAAAUCUAUGAUUGGGAGCAGAACGAAUUACUAAGGAGAGAAAGAGCUCGCACCGCCGAGACGCAGCGCCAGCAGAUGCACCGCAAGUAUUUGCAGAGGUAUAUGCCCGAACUUGGGGAACUCGAAGCUUACAGGGAUAUUAAUUUUUUACUGGAGCGGGGUGUCGCGUAUCACCACUCCGGCAUGUUACCUAUUUUAAGGGAGUUCGUCGAGUUGUGCUUCCAGCAGAAAUUAGUACGACUCGUGUUCGCUACUGAAACGUUAGCUGUUGGCGUGAAUAUGCCGGCGCGGACCGUAGCUUUUACGCAGUUGGAUAAACCGGACGACACGGGGGCGAAGCAGGGCCACCGGUGGCUGCGGGUCGACGAGUUCUGGCAGAUGGCCGGUAGGGCGGGAAGACGAAGCUUAGAUAGUGUUGGUUAUGUUGUUUAUGCACCUACAUUAAGCGUGGCGGGUCUGAGGAACUUGUGUCCUUUACAUGAAAUGAACCGGAUGCUGACGGCGGACGUCAUGGGGGCCACUUCCCAGUUAGUUGUGGACCGGCCCUUUGUCCUGAGGCAUGUGGCGCGAGGCCAUGGGAUUGAAGUUUUAGAGAAAACUUUGAAGGCCGACGAAGCUAGGCGUUUAAAUGGUGUGCUCGAGAAGCGCAUGGCGAAGGUUUCUAUAUCUGACGAUGACAGAAAUGCGUUCGAGCGGUAUCGCAAGGUCGUCGGCAAGCUCGAACCGUCCUCGACGUCGUCGGGCAUCGCCGUGCGCCUGUCCCAGAAGGAGGUCAAGAAGCUCCAGAAGGAAAGACGUACGAUAGAGGAGGCGUAUCCCGGCGGCUCGCAGGCCUUCCUCGACGCGCUCACCAAAGACCAACAAAGGCAGCGCCAGGUCGACGCCAUCGCCGAGAACGCGUUAGCCUUACGGGACGCCUGGCACCGGUCGCGGACCUGGCUCGAGUCCUGCGGCUUUAUCGAUGUGAAUGGUCAAUUGACGCCGCGGGGGAAAUGCGCUGCGGCCUUUGCUGAUGGUGAACCGCUCAUCGUCGGGACUUGUAUUGCGGAUGGUGCUUUACAAAGUCUGAAACGAGAAGAGAUCAUGGCCUGGCUGUGUCUCUUCAUACCCGACCGCUCCGGCAAGGCUGAGGACCCCCUCCCGCGCGACGUCGCCCAGCCGUCCUCGGACUUACUAGCGACGUGCGCCUACGCCGACGAACUGGCUCAACAGCUGGAUCUGGACCCGCCUCCUAGACGUUUGUUGUUGCUGGCUUUGGAUUGGUGCCUCACGAAGGACAUCCACCGCGUGGCGCGCGCGGUCGACCCGCACUUACUAGGGUCCUUCGUCAAGUCCGUCAUGCGCAUCCUGUCGUACGUCGACGUGGUGCGCGAGGUGCUUUUGGGGCUCGGGGAGUACGCGACGCACAACGCGCUCGACGCGCACGCGGACGCGCUGCUCGGGGGGCUCGUGACGAACGAGAGUUUGUACUUGCGGCUGGACUAGGGCGUCUUUCUUUGUGGUGAUAUAAGUUUAUUCCUCAGUGCGGC